UGGCAAUGCACCCGUGCACCUCACGCUUAUCGGGAGAAAAAAAAACUAUCUCUCUUUUCUUUUUGUUUUCAGUAGUGGUGCCGGGGAGUGCCUGUACCAAUAAUUCUACCGAAGGUUACCCCAGAAAAAGAAAUGAUUGCAAGAGGCGGAUCAUCGAUUCUUUUUCUAAUCAGCUUAUAUAUAUCAAAAAUUUUCAUCAGCGGAAGACUGCAAUUUUGAAUGUAUUGCUAAUAUACCAAAAUGAAUGGGUUACCAACAGAAUUGUUAAUUGAGUCAUUGAGUCACUUACCAUUGAGUGAUUUGCAAUUGUACUAUAAUGACGUACAAUUGAGACCCUACAUCUUCAAUAUUUUUUUCAAGAACAUAUUAAUUCUGGCUAGUGUUAGUGAAGAAACUGAUGCUGAAGAAGAUGAUUUUGAAUUAGAAGCAGAUUCAACUUUCCAGUUUAACGAUGGUAAAUAUAUCAAGUUUAACUCGAUUUUAUCAUUUUUGAAAUUUGCUUCUAAUUAUGAAGAUUUCUUGAAUCCCGAUACUUUAGAGGUGGAGUCAAUUUGGAAUUUAUUCCCAUUAUACAAAUUAUAUCCAAACUUAUUGAAAAAAUGUCAAAACAUCAAGAUUAAUAACAAAUCCGCCACUAAUAUCAUCAAUGCUAAUGAAUGUUACUCCAAUUUCGAUAAUAUUAAAGCUUUCACCAUAAAUGGCCAUACCAAUUAUCAAAACUUCUUGAUAACAGCUAAUGAAGUCUUUAGUAACUUGAGAACUUUAGGCAUAAACAACGUGGAUUUCGACUACUCCUUGUUCAAUACAAAACUUCCAAGCGUGAAUACUUUGGAAAUUGGCGAUUGCCAGAUCAAGUCAUUAAAAUUGAUUCCUGCAAACUUGAAAAGGCUCCUGAUCAAAUCUUUACCUAAUGACUACUCAUUGUCGUCCCUCCAAUGUAAAAAUAUUGAAGAGUUGGUUGUUGGUAACGUGGAUGACGUUGAUUUCACUCGAUUCAACCAUUUAACUGCAUUAACCAUAUCGAGCCACCGCACAACCCAGUUAAACCAAUUGAAGUUACCACCAUCAAUUAAAUCCUUAACCAUAAGGAAUAGUAAGUUGAGUUUGAAUGAUAUACUGAAUUUACCUCUUUUGAAACUCGAAUUGGAGAAUAGUUUCUUUGUUGAUGAAGCAAAUGUUGUUUUGAAGAAUUUGCUUAGCUUCACUUAUAUUUUGAAUGACUGUCAAAGUAGAGUCAAUUUCAACUUGCCAAAUGAGUUAAAGGACUUGUCUAUAAAAUUAUCUCAAUAUACUAAUGAAAUUGGUAAUGUUCAUUUUUUGAAUGAAUCUUCAGCUAAAGUUGAAAUUUCAGACGAUUACUUUAACAAAUCGUACAUUCAGUUACCUUUGGAUUUAAAAAAUUUAAACUUAACUCAAAAUUCAUUAACGAAUACCCACUCUUUACAAUUCCCUCCACACUUGGCUAAAUUGAACUUAUCCCAAAAUAAAUUAUCCUCCUUAGAGAAUUCCAAUAUUCAACUCUUGCAGGAUCUUGAGUACCUUGACUUAUCUUACAACGAUUUUGUGGAUUUUAAUAACCAUCUUCAUUUACCCAACAAUUUACGCAUCUUAUCAUUAUCCAAAAACCCUUUGGUUUCGUACUCCAAUGAAAACAACUUAUAUCAAUUAAACUUGAGUCAUAUAAGUAAACCUCUCGAUAUUCAUUUAUCCAACACCGUCAAUUCCCUCAGCUUGAAGGAUGUCGAUACCAGCUCCAUUAACCUUGAACAACUCACCCAAAACUUGGGUCACUUCGCUCAUCUGCCGAAAUUUAAUAAUCUAGUUGGUUACAACAUCUGA